AUGGAUGAUCUGGGCAAGAACCCCGGAAAGGUCAGCGAAACAAUGGAGGAGCAGCACGAUGAGAACAAGGAGGAAGACCAUGGAUGCUUCGAAUUUUGUCGAAAAUCCACUUGGAGAGAACGAGGCCUGAUCCUCUAUGGUGACCUGGUCGCCCUUUUCGGAUUCGCCUCCUUCUCCAUCAUAGUUCCGUUCUUCCCCGCUGCCGCGGAGAGGAAGGGUGUCAGUAGCACGACGACUGGUCUGAUCGUCGGUGUUUUCUCUCUGGUCGCUUUCCUCUUGGGACCGAUCGUCGGCAAAUACCUUCCGCAUAUUGGCCUGAACAGGGCAAUCUUCGGUGGGACAUUCCUCUCCGGAGGGGUCUGUUUAUCAUUCGGAUUCCUCGAUUCAAUAGGAACCCGAAUAUGGUUCACCACAGCAGCCUUCAUGCUGCGGAUCCUCCAAGGGCUCGGAUUUGUUUUCUAUUUCACGACCUUCUUCGGGAUCAUCGUCAACUUUUUCCCGAAAUCAAAGGGAAUUCUUCUCGCGUCCUUGGAGAUCUGCACCGGCAUCGGAUUGUCAAUCGGCCCCAUGAUAGGAGGCGUAUUCUUCAACUUGGGGGGAUUCAAGCUACCGUUCUUCGUCUUGGGAUCUGUCAUGAUCUUCCUCUCUUUCCUCUCCUUCAAAGUCCUGCCAUCCAGUUCAGCACUGGACUUUCAUUCGGUGUCUCUUCCGGGGAUUAAGCCCUUAUUACUAAGCUUCGGUUCGUGGGUCAUAUGCAUCGCUCUCGCUCUCAUCUCGGCAGCGUGGGGCUCCUUUUAUCCCAUUCUGCAGCCUCAUGUGCAGGAUGCGUUUGGAAUGUCUGAAACCGACACGGCUCUCCUCUACGUGGUUCUCACUUGUUCAUACAGUAUAACCGGCAUUCUCGCCGGUUAUAUCAGCGACCGCUACCCGAAGUGGCUGAAAGUCGAGUUGGGGCUCGCCUUGUUGGUUGACGUCUUGGGAUUUCUGCUCCUUGGACCCGUUUCCUUUCUCCAAAUUCCGAGGUCACUGGGGCUUCUCAUAGGGUCUCUGGCCCUUAUCGGAAUCAGCAUGGCCUUCACCUUUAUUCCGACGUACGGAAUCAUGAAUGACGAAAUCAGGUUAGCCGGAUACCAGGACAGCAUCGGAACGGCGACACUCACGGCCGGCAUCUGGAACUCCAUGUUUAGUCUCGGGUGA